GAAAAAUGCCUAGCUGUUUUAUUUGUGGCAGAAAAAGAACUGCGAGACCAAAUUUGAAAACAUCAGUUUUCACAGAUUUCCUUCUAAUAAAUGCUUUCUGCAGAAGUAACAUGAUUUUAAACUAAGUAAUGAUUUAGCAGUGGACAAAAUCAAUAAGAGUAGUCUUAUUUGUUGUAUUCAUUUUGUACUCAAGUCAUUUAUUGUACAGAAUAAACUCAGAAUUCUACAAAAACAUUCUUUACCAACAAUAAAAAUAUCAAGAGUAAAAUUGGCAAAGACUGAGUAUACCGAAUUAAAAUAAAAACUACCCAUAGUAGAACAUAGCAGCAGUAUCUUUAAACUUAAUAUGGAAAAGAUUUUAGUUCGAACAUCUUAUAGUUAUGAGUGUUAUGACCCUUCUCAAAGUUUUGCACCAACAAUUAAUCUUGAUUUAGCAGCUGGUACAUCAAAAAUCUUAAGUCUAUGUGCACUUACUGUUAAAAAGCCUAAUAUUAAUGAGCUACCUGAAAGGAUUGUACCAUUGGCAAAUUUGGAUCAAACUAUGGAUUGUACAUCAUCAGGAUCAAAAACCUUAAGUCUAUGUAUACCUACUGUUAAAAUGCCUAAUAUUAGUGAGCUACCUGAAGGAACUGUACCAUUGGCGAACUUGGAUCAAACUAUGGAUUGUACAUCAUCAGGAUAAGAAAUCUUAAGUCUGUGUACGCCUACAGUUAAAAUAAACAAAAUUCAAAUCUUCUUUUUUUGUUGCUUCUUAUAUAUCUCCUAAUGACACACCAAGACGUGCAUAUCUAAAAUAUGGAAUUCGUACUCUAUCAAAUCAAAUGCAGAUGAAAAACAAAAAAAUUAGA